AUGACCCUCGACUACAAUGUCAACGGCGGGGGCGAUGCCUUACUCGAUCUGACCUACGAACAACACCAGCGGGACCGGGCUGCUGCGUAUAGCUACUCGGCAUCAACCACAGCUCACUCGAGUCCUGGCCCUGCGUCUAACCUCGUCACCGGCUCGUGGAAUCUGCCCGUCGACAUGAACGCCCACGCCGGCUCGUCUCAGGGAGCUCGAGGCAGCUCCCCGGAGGAAUACCACCCAAACUCGCCUCUCUCACACAUGUCCAGCCCUCACAGCCACCAUUCGCCGGUCCAGCACUCGCCCUACCAGCAACCCACAAACCCGUUGACCGACUGGGCUCUUCAUCACCAUCAGCAACAGGCUGCUUCGGCGGCUCAGCAGCAUCAGGUUCUGCCUGCCCACGACUUGACGCAGUACAUCCAGGAUUCCCUCUUGAACUUUAACAAUACCUUUUCUGGAUACCAUCAUGUCGACUAUAUGCCGGCCACGACGCAGGCUGCGUUGCAGACGCAUUUGCUCGAGUCGCCCUUCAGCUCGAUGCCUGCUCUGGAUGAUACCGCACACGCUAUGCACUGGGGAGGCGCGGGAAUGGGAAACUGGCAGGACUUUCAAAAUACCUUGCAGCUGGAUGGGCUGCCGACCGUUGGCAGCAAUUCGCCCACUGGAACCUACCUUGAGGUGCUCUCAUUACCGUCUUCAUCCUCCGGCGAUGGCUGGGCAAUGGUGGACUGGGGACAUCCUGGCCACGAGCUCUUCCAACCUACGCCAAGUGCCGCCAUCUUCAACCCCGGCCAGACACUGCAUUUGAGGACCAACUCAGAUUCUUCCGACGGCGGCAACUCGAUCGAGCUCGGUAGCUUUGAGGAGGUCGCCCCCUUCCCCUAUUCCCCCUUCUCACCAGACUCUGAUGGCCAGGCCGACAACCACAACAACGGCCACCGGAACUGCUACUCGGCUGAUGGCCACCAUCACCACCAUGACAACGGCCAUAACCAUGGCCACAGCCACAGCCACAGCCAUAGUCACAGUCACAGUCACAGUCACAGUCACAGCCCUAUCGCUGUUGUCGCCCCAGUUUCCCUCAAGGGCGAGUCGUCCACCCGUCACAGUCCCGGCAGCGGAGCGGGCUCGGUUUCUCCCUCUUCAUCCAGCACCACCUCAAGGAGGAGUGCCGGCAUCCGCAAGAGUCCCAUUGCCAAGGCACCUAAAACCGUCGUCCGGCGCGUAUCCAACGGAAAGAAGGACGGAUCUGUCGAGAAGAAGGUGGGCCGUAGAAAGGGCCCUCUUUUGCCAGAGCAGCGAAAGCAAGCCAGCGAGAUAAGAAAGCUGCGUGCUUGCCUGCGAUGCAAAUUCCUUAAGAAGACUUGCGAUAAGGGGGAGCCCUGCGCUGGAUGCCAGCCGUCUCACGCUCGCCUCUGGCAGGUCCCCUGCACACGCAUCGAUAUCAAGGACAUCGGCUACUUCAUGAAGGACUGGAAGGCCGACUACGAGAGGCACAUGGAUCGCGGAGUGUCCGUCUACAAUGUCAAGGGCUUCGCGCAAAAGGAGACGCUCAUGUGGAUCACCCACGGCUACGGCUUUGCCCUGCCCGUCAUGGUUCGCGAGGUCUUCGUUGCCGAUGACAGCUGCUUCUCCGUCGAGUGGGUCGAGUCAUAUGUCACCACCAACGACACCAUCGACUUUGAGACCCGGACGGAGAAGCUCGAUGUCGGUGCCGAGGGCAUCCGCAUUGACGCCCUCUCCGAGUACCUUGACAAGCACAUCGAGGGCCCGUUUGAGGACUUCAUCGACGACCACUUCGAGGGCACCCCCUUCAUCACCGAGAUCCUCAAGACUGCCCACCGCUACUACGUCAAGGAAAAGAUGCCCGUCAUCCGAAAGGCCCUUAAGCUGGUCCUUGCCUACAACUUGACCAUGCACAUCACCAUGGUGGAGAGCCAGGGAUCCGAGAUGCCCCUCGAUGGCCAGAUCGACGACGAGGACUCCAAGUACUACGGCCGCACCGUUGCGCCUGUCAUGAUCAACUUCCAGAUUAAGUGUGCUCUGGCUGACAUGUGGCGCGAGCUUCAGAAGGACAUCCUGGAGGAGCUCUCUGCCCUCUACUCGGGUGUCUACAGCGGCGAGAAGAUGAAGAACUGGCCCACCAUCUUCCUCCUGGCGUCCAUCCUGCUCGCCGUGUGGGAGGAGAUGCAGUUCGACUGCCACUACCGCGUGCCCGACCCUGUGGCGGUGAACAAGUUCUGCAACGACAUGGAAACAACCCCUGUCGGUGUUAUUGUGGGCCUCUUCCACGCCAUCUCUCAGAAGCUCCCAGCCUUCACCGACUGGGACACGCGUGAGCACGGCCACCUGCUUCACAACAACGUUGCCGUCUGUGACGCCAUGACCGAGGUGCGACAGCAUGUUCUCAAGCAUGAGGCUUACCUGCGAACCCGGAGAGAAGCCAAGUUUGACCGCUACGAUUUUGAUUCGCUUUCGAACAAGUUCUUGUCGAAGCUUGUUAUCCGGGCCAACUAA